AUGACCUCCCUCGCGCACGCCGCGCGCGCGCGCGCGAACGGUCUCCGCCGCGCCUCCGCGGUCGCGGUCUCCGCGAUGCCCCGCCUGGCCUUCCCCGACGCUUCCGUCGGCGCCUCGAGACGCGCGACGACGUCGUUCGCGGAGGCGAACGCCGCGACGAACAGAGCGCUCGCGCGCGCGUCCGCGAUCCGCGCGUUCUCCGCCGGGAUCGACCCGGACGCGGGCUCGCGUAUCCCGUCGCAGCUGCACGACGCCGAACACGCGCGCAAGGACAUGUACUUCCGCGCGGAGGACGCGAAAGCGCUCGAAAAGCUGACGCGAAAGGCGCGCGCGCAGGCGCGCGAAAAAGCGGGCGAAGAUCCCGCCUCGUCAGCGGACGCGCGACGCCGAGCGCUCUGGGCGCUCUUCGACGAGUCGCCGAAGCGCAAGGAGGACGCCUGGACAGAGCUUCGAAAGAUCGUCCCCACGGUGAACGAGGAGACGAUCCGCAAGCUCUUCGAGUGGAAGUAUCUCCGUUGA